CAUCGAGUCCGCUGCUGUUCCAAUUUCAGGUACGUACUCGCGUGCUCGCAAGUCUGUGCUUGAAGUACGGACUUGCCAGUACGUGGCAAGUCCGAACCUCCCGGAAACUCCGACCGUUUUGAAAGCGUCAUAAGCGGUACCCGCCACGGAAUCUACGUCAAGGAUUCCGUGACGUCAAAUUGAAAGUGAAAGUAUGGUCAUGGCCGGACAAGACUUUGGAGCAGAAGGCAAGGCAGCAGUAAAUAGGUUAACUACUACCGUCAGAGAAUGGGGGAAGAGAUCGAAGGAAUGGGCCGAGUCUAGUCUGAAAUCAGUUAUCCCCAAAGUUGAUAGCCGACAAGCCUACCAUAAAUAUAGAUUCACCACGGUGAAUGGAUUAAAUCUGAAUACUGACAAUGAUUUGGUUGAAAAACUGAAGGCCAAGGGUCAUACUCAGGUGAAGUCGUCUGACCCAUGUGACUACAUCCUGGCCUUCUGUCCUAUUAGCACACGGCCUGGGAUUAAUAUCCAGGAGACUAUGGAGAUGUGUACAGGCACUCUGUCACUCUGUCUAUGGCUUCAGUGCUACCUUACCAAUUUGAGCCUGAGUUGGACCCCGAAAGCGAUAAUGGAGCAGACGACGCUAAUGACGAGGGCGAUUUUAGUCGUAGAAUGGACCAGAACAUUUCACAGUGGUAAGUUUUUGUUUAUGCUAUUAUACACACACGCGAUUGAUCAUGUCUUUAGUGUAGCUUUUCAGACUAAGCUUGCGGCUAGUAGACUACUCGUACUCUUCCAAGGAUCCGUAACAAGCUUGUUAUGUCCCGACAUGGCAUAUUGUUGACUACUUUUGUCCAUCAAAAUACACCGUUAUAACUUAUAACAUCUCUACUACCUAGGUGCAACUGUGAGAAUUGUGCCACUAUGCCCAACAAAGUGAAGAAAGUCUGCUGUAGAGUAAUCCCAAAGGUAAAACUGAUGAGCUUUAGGCUAAGCUACAGUUUGUGGAGAACGAUGUCAUGUAAUCUAUCUAUCAUCUUCGGAGGAUGUAUAUAUAUAUAUAUAUACAGGGCCGGCCCGAGGCAUAAGCGAUACAAGUGGGCGCUUGGGGCCUCCUGACCGCCAGGGGACCCCCUAUCGGAAAAAUAAUAAUAAUAAUAAUAUUAAAUAACUUCAACAAGUGAUCUGAUUGAUCUGCAGAUCUGAUUAUUAUACUGAUACUUUAAAAAAAAAUACAAAUGCUGUUGUAUUUAAUUAUUUUACAAUUUAACUUCAGUAAACCACACUUGAUGCUUCACUUUGAAUAUGAAAGUUUAAAAUAAAUCUGUGAUCUAAGUGCCCUUGUAACGGUGCGGCGGCCCGUUACAAGGCAAUGGAUAAAAACAGGACUGACACCGGGAUUUACAAGUACCCUUUUAUUUAAACACACACAGAUCAUUCCAACACACGUUCAUGACGCCACCUGCAACACACAAAAAACAUGCGUUAUGAGGAAGCCGGUCAGGGGACACGGUACAAACACGGAUUGCGCUGGCUUCCGGGUGUCGGGGGCUGCGGGAGGACCCGACGUGAAGUCCGGAAGAACAUUUGUGCGUUGUGGGGGUGACGUCAGACGGGCGAGACCAAGUGUGUGGGAGGAGAAGGGUGUGUUGGGGUACUCUGGGAAUAUUUAAGGUGUCAGGGAAGUAGAGGUUAUGGUUGGGUUUUAGACGAAUAGGUCUGGAGUAAGGUGGGUAACUAGGGGUGGGGAUAGGUAAAUUGGAAAUGUGUAGGGGAGGGUUAAUUGAAUUAAGAGGGGUAUGGGUUAGGCCAGGGAGGAUAUAUUCAGGUCCAAAUCAUGUAGGUGGGGCAGAAGGGUCUGAGGUGAGCGGGUGAAAACACCUGGCUCUUAGAUCAGCCAAGGGCUUUAUUAGUGCCGAGGGGAGGACUGUUGUUUUUUUGAUUAUUGAUAGUUUCAAUUAGUGAUAGUUAUUUAGAAUUAUUGAUUUGUUUUUUUUUGUGUUUAUUCAUUAUUCUUUUUUUUUUUGCCUCCGGAUGGACAUUCUUGUACCAGAAUAAAUUCAGGCCAACGGCCUUGCUAACAUCUUUCA